AUGGGAAGCAACCAGUUAGAUGUCCAAUGGACGAAUUCGAUGCUCUUGAAUGUUGUAGAAAACUAUGUUGUUCGACCGGUAAAUCAAUAUUUGACAAAAAAUUUAAAUAGCAAUAUUUUCAGAACUUCUCGCGAUUUUCCGAUGGAGAGCACUUUGGUGAUUUGCAAAGCAAAGAAGUGUUUAAUUCAAAACAAGCUUUGAAAAUUAUCAAAAAACUCUACGAAAAAGACAGCGGGCUGAGUGUCUACGGUCCAGCUGAGAAACUCAUGGAAGAUCUAGUUACAAUUCAAUAUUUCCCAAAUAACGCAAAGUUUCUUGGAUUGACAGAUGAAUAUAAUUAUUUUGGUUAUCCAAGAUAUUUAGUUGAUAAAUCUGGAGGAGAAUUCAUGUCAAAAAUGGAUGUUUUUAUGGUGAUUUAUCGAAAUUUUACGAAUGCUUAUGAUGAUGGAAAUGAGAUUGCUAAUCUUAUUUUGAUGAAAUGGGGAAAUCAAAUUGGCAAGAAAUUGAAGACAAGUUUCGAAAUCAUUCCGGGUUGUCUUGUGGAUGCUGUCAUCUCAUCAUGUUCAGAUUUUUAUAAAAAUCAUGCGAAUGAGGUUUAUACACAGUUUUCGAAGAAAACAAAAUCCUUUUUUUUCAUUCUAGAUUGCCAAUGGAAAACUUUGCCGCAAAUUCCGCUUCUCGAAAUAUAAUGUGGAUGAACUUUAUGCGAGAUUUUCAAAACAUUUCGACGAAUCAACCGAUGCUCAUCUUCUCAAGCAACUCAAACAACAACUAACUGCUUAUAGCAAGGUUUGGCUGAAAAUUUCAGCCUGAAAUAAAAUUUGGCUGAAAUUUCGAAAUCUAUAGAUUUUUCAGCGAGUCCCUAUAAAAGUCAAUCAAAAAUUCUAUCAGAGAGUCUAUAUCAAAUUGGUUUUGUAUGAAGAAUCGACGAAACAUCUGCUGAAACAGUUCCCAACAAUUUUUACGCCUAAUGUUCCGGUAGGAAAUCGUGAAAAUAUAUUUCUAGUGGUUUUUGAGCGGCUGAAUAUGAUCCUGGAAAUUGCAGAAUUCAAGAUGAGUUAUGACGUGGCGAAUUUCGAAAAUCGGGAUUUUAUAAGCUGAAAACUAGCCUUGAAAAUGAUUCUCAAGCAAAUCUGAUAGCAUAGGGUUGUUCAGGAGGCGAGAUAACAUAAGUAGACAUGAACCUCUUGGAACUUAUGGUAUCUCGCCUCCUGAAGAACGCCAUGCUAUCAGAUUUUCAUGAAAAUCAUUUUUGAAGCUGAUUUUCAGCUUUUAAAAUCCCGAUUUUCGAAAUUCGCCACGUCAUAACUCAUCUUGAGUUCUGCAAUUUCUGGGAUCGCUUUCAGCCGCUCAAAAACUACUAGAAAUCGCAAGUUGAAGCAGUUUAGUAGAUUUUGACCGGCUGAAUGUGAUCCCGAGAAUUGCAGAACUCAAGAUGAGUUAUGACGUGGCAAAAAUCGCGAUUUUAUAUUAUCGAAAACCUUAUCGGUACCACGCGCUCCACCGAAAUAAACACGCAACGCAGACCGCGUCGCGCCACAACACACUCAAAAAAGGGAGGGAAUUCGAAUCGUUCCCUAAGUUGUUUGUGUUGUGACGCGGCGCGGUCUGCGUUGCGUGUUUAUUUCGGUGGAGCGCGUGGAGUACCGAUGAGAUUUUCGAUAAUUAGCUGAAAAGUAGCUUUUCAAAAAUGAUUUUCAUUCAAAUUUCUAUCAGAUUUUGGAUGAAAAUCAUUUUUGAAGCUAAUUUUCGAUAUUAUAAAAUCCCGAUUUUUGCCACGUCAUAACUCAUUUUGAAUUCUGCAAUUUUCGGGAUCAUUUUCAGCCGCUCAAAAUCUACUAGAACUUAUCCUAUAUUUCCAGUGCUUCGGAGACUACAAUGUAGCCACAACUAGAAUGUUAAAAGAUGGCGAUGACACAUUUUUCUUCGCAAAAGAGCUCCAAGAAGCUGUCAAAGCGGGUUUCAUUGAUAAAUAUGAGGGUCGAAAAAUGCCUAGGGAUGAUACUAAUAUUGUUGUGGAAACUAAUGAGGAGAGAAUGAAUAAGGGAAUUAUUUAUACGGUUUCAAUGGAUGAAUUUGAAAAAUUGCUUGGCAAAUUUAAAAUUACAAAUAGAGAUGUUUCGGUGAGAUAAAAUCCAACUAUUAUCGAAAAUCUUAUCGGUACCACGCGCUCCACCGAAAUAAACACGCAACGCAGACCGCGUCGUGCCACAAUACACACAAAUAAGGGAACGAUUUAAAUUCCCUCCCUUUUUUGUGUGUGUGGUGGCGCGACGCGGUCAGCGUUGCGUGUUUAUUUCGGUGGAGCGCGUGGAGAUUUUCGAUAAUAGAACGUCACGUUUUUUUUUCAAAUCAAUCAUUUCCAAUAGAAAUUUCAGGUAAUCGAAAAUGACUACAAAAAAACAAGUCGACAAAUCGGAGUUCCGCUAAUUUCCCCCUAUGGUUCACAUUGUAAAACAGCAACCGAUGCAUUUUUCGAAGUCUUUGAUCACAUUUCAACUGGAAUGAAAGUUUUCCAAGCUGUCAGUGAAGAAAAUCUUCCAAAAGUCUUCGAGUUUUUCGAAAAACUUCCAUUUAUCAUCUCAAAUCAUCAAGACAAAUAUAUGGUUACAACAGCAAAAAUUGGGGAAUCUGUUGACUUGGCCUAUCAACAACUCGCACAAUAUGUUACUGAGCCGAUUUAUGAGCUUCCCAAGGAUAAAUUAUUGUUCACUGAAGAUGAGGCGAGGGAGGAAAUCAAUAAAUUGUCACCGAAUUUGCCGUUGAAUCAGGAGAAUUUGAAAUUUGUUUUGUUUUAUCGAAGGAAACAAGUUGGAGGAUGUCGAAAUUUGAGUAUUCGAGAUGUUUUUGAAGUUUUUGAGCAUUGCUUGAGAUUGCAAUUCUUCUUAUUGAAUCCAAAGGUUAAUGGAAAAACAUUAGUUGCGUGCGGCUCUGCGUCGCGGUUGGACCGCGACGCAGAGCCGCACGCGACUAAAAAUGUUCAAAUGUUGAUGAAUGAAACUCAAAAUACACUUACUUCAUAAAAAAUUGAACAUAAAUUGCAGAAAAAAUAAAAAAAACUGAAAAAAUAAAAGAUAUCGCUCCAAAAAUGAGAAUUUUUGCAACAUUAGAGCGAGUUUGUUGCGUUGGCAGAAUUCCCGACAUUUCUCGGCCACCAAAAUACUUCGGCCAUAUAUAUCUUUUAUUUUUUUCCUGAAACUAGAGUCUAGUUUUAUUUUUGUGAAGUAUGUGCAUUUUGAGUUUCAUUCAUCAACGUGAACAUUUUUAAAAGUUCUCAUAGUCGUCAGUCGCGUGCGGCUGUGCGUCGCGGUCGGGAAAACAUGAAUUAUUAUCGAAAAUCUCCACGCGCUCCACCGAAAUAAACACGCAACGCAGACCGCGCCGCGCCACAACACACACAAAUAAGGGAACGAGUCAAAUUCCCUCCCCUUUUUGUGUGUUGUGGCGCGGCGCGGUCUGCGUUGCGUGUUUAUUUCGGUGGAGCGCGUGGUACCAAUUGAUUGAAUGUUUCCCGACCGCGACGCAGAGCCGCACGCGACUGACGAACUAAUAUUCUUUUCAACUUUGAUAUUUUCAGUUCGCGGAAUUUAUGCAUAAUCAAAGAGCAUGUCAAGUUUAUCCAAGAUUUCAAUGUCAUUGUUUUUCGAAGGCCAACAAAGCACCAAAAUCAAUCAGAAGCUUAGAAAAUCUAACAGCAAGUCAUGUUCAAGCAAUCCAUAUCAAAUAUAACAACACCUUGAGAUAUCAGAUUUUCACAAAUUCUGCAAAGAAAUUCUAUGACAAUGAAACCUGCUUGCAAAAAUCGCUGGAUGUUUCUUUGGAUUCGGUUCGAGGCGAGAAUCGAGAAUUGAUUAGUUUGAUUUAUGAAGCGCAAAAUAUCAAACUUGCAUCGGAAGCUAAACGAUUUUUCUAUUUGAGUGAAUUCGAAAUGGAUGGAUUAGUUGGUCAAUUUGCGCAUCGAUUUGUGACUGGAAUUAAGUUCUCGAAUGAUCGAUUAGAAAAUCAAAAAGAUGAUCUUCAUCAAACAACAGUUAUUCGAUGGGAAGAAAUUCAUAAAAGUCUUCGAGAUUUUUUCCCAGAACAAACGAAAUACGAAGAAUUGUUUGAAAAAAUCAAGGAGAAUUUGAGAAAUCGAAAAUGUGCCAAAGGAGGAAUUCGUGGAAAUUAUGUUUCAGCAAUUAUGGAUAUUUUAAGACAAGCACAAAUGAAUUUCGGAAGAAUUUGGAAUACUUUGAAGAGUUUGACUGAUUUUCAAUGUUGGAAUCCGCAUAGAACUAUUCAAUUGAGAAUUUUGACUGCGAUUCGAGUUGAUGAUCAGAAAACUUGGCAUUUGUUUAGUGAAGAAGUUUUGGAGGCUUUGAAAUGUGUUUUGAGAGCUGAGAAACGAUUGCAUCUUGUUAGAGGUAUUUACAAAGUUUCAACUUUCCCGGGAAAAAACUUUUUCAAAAAAAAAACACAUAAUUUUCGAAACAUCAAUAUUCAUCUCAAAAUUGACGAAAUCUUCGAUCAAAAAAUGAUUUUCUAACUGAAAACUUCAAUUUUUCAAAAAAAUUCGAAUGGAUUCAGCUCGAUAAAUAUUUUAUAACGGAAAAACACUAAAUCUCGUGUUUUUUCGUGAUUUUUCCGUUUCAAAAUGUUUUUUUGAGCUAAAAACAUUCGAAUUUUGUUGAAAAAUAGAAGUUUUCAGCUAUAAAAUCAUUUUUUGAUCGAAGAUUUUCGACAAUUUUGAGAUGAAUAUCGAUUGUUUUUUUUGAAAAAAUUAGGUGAAAACCUAGAAAGCCUGAAAAGUUACCGUAACUCAUCAAAAAAACUUUUUUUUCCCAGAAAAAAAUCGAAAAUUGGGAGAUGGAAUGGUUCAAUUCACAAACUUAUACAACAAUUGA